UACUGUAAUUCUGUAAAUAUUGAAGUUAGGUAGUAGGUAUAUUUUUUCAAAUACGUAUUCGGUGUCUGUUUCCGAAGAUAAAAAAUCGUUAUGAUGGACGAUUAAUUUUGUUUUAGACUUACUAACACAAUCAUUCACAUUAUUAUGGUAAUACUUAUUCAAAUUAACAAUUAAAGUACAAAAUAAACGUUUAUAACAAUACCAAUAAUAUGUAUUAGGUACAUUUAGAAACACCAAAACUAAAUCAUGAAAAUUCCUUCAUUCGGUACAAUUGUCACAGUACUCUUCUUGGUGUAUUUAUGUAAUCUCUUCUAUUCAAUAUGGAUAAUGGUACAACCACCUAGAUGUACAGAAGAAGGUUUAUGUUUGAAGUCAUUUUUGUUGCGAAAACCUAAUUUAGAAUUACAUAUAUUUGUUUCAUCUCGAUCAAAUCCACAUGGAUCCGAAGUGAUAUAUCUAAAUAGUUAUCCUAUACUGAAUUAUGAUGAGCCCUAUGAAAGAAAGAUUGAUGUUAAACUUCCAAAAUCGACUACAAAAAAUGGCACAUUAUAUGCACAUGUAUUUCUAAGCAAUACCAAAGAUGCUCCGUUUUCAGGAGACUUAUGGUCACAUUUCUUAUCCAAUCACGAAACAGUCUACACAGUAGUGCCAAUGUCGGUGUACAAAAUUUCUAAGUAUAAAGUUUUUCAAUUGCUCAACAAUGAUGAAAAUAACCAAAAACGUUUAGAAAAACCAGUGACUCACAUUAAGGCCGUAAUGCCUGUAAGCAUGAUGUCUGAACCGCUAAUGUUGUCUCAGGUUCAUACGCCUAGUGAUAUUUAUCAACACAUAAGGCGCUAUCGUCAACGUCAAGAAUAUUUACCAAUAUUUUUACAUAAUUGUCUUCAAGAUCGAUCAUACAACGUAACAAACAUUGAUAGAAAAAACUCUUCGGUUCCAGUAUUGUUACGUUAUCUACCUAUAAGUUAUGCAGAAUUAAGAAUAUUAACACAAACACAAUUGGCAAUGGGCACUAUGAAACAAUUUGGAUUUAAAGACAAGGAUAUAGAUGAGAUUAAAGCUAUUUUUGAUACCAAUCAUUAUUUGUUGUUAGUUUCGAUUCUUGUUGCAUUCGUACAUUUAUUAUUUGACUUUCUCGCAUUUAAAAAUGACAUAUCAUUCUGGAGAUCAAGAAAAACCAUGGCCGGAUUAUCUUCUCGCCUUGUUUUAUGGCGUGCAUUUAGUCAAACCAUUGUACUUUUAUAUUUAAUAGAAGAAAAAGCUUCUAUGUUGAUUAUUGGUCCUACUGUAAUCAGUUCAGUCAUAGAAAUUUGGAAAGUAUUUAAAAUUAUUCCGGUCGACUGGAAAAGACUGAGAUUAAAACAAGUCACUCUUAAUCGUGCUGAAGAAGACACUAGGAAAUUUGAUGCGGAAUCAAUGAAAUAUUUAUUGUAUGUUUUAUAUCCACUCUGUAUUGGUGCAGCUGUUUACUCUUUAGUUUAUGAACCACAAAAAAGCUUUUAUUCGUGGUGUAUUAAGAGCCUCGUAAAUGGAGUUUAUGCAUUCGGUUUCCUGUUUAUGCUGCCUCAGCUUUUUAUUAACUACAGACUGAAAUCUGUAGCCCAUUUGCCAUGGAAAACAUUUAUGUACAAGGCAUUCAACACCUUCAUUGAUGACUUAUUUGCUUUUAUCAUUCCUAUGCCAACUGCUCAUCGAUUAGCGUGUUUUAGGGAUGACAUAGUGUUUCUUAUUUAUAUUUACCAAAGAUGGCUUUAUCCGGUGGACCUCAAUCGAUUAGAUGAAGAUGUUGAAGUCACUGAACCUGUUACAGACACAACUAAAGAUAAAACUAUGUAAAAAAAUGUAGUUAUUAAUUUAGCCUUUCAUUCUUAUUUUUUAAAAGUGAUUUUUGUAAAGCUUUAUCAAAACUAUAUAUUUACAUUUUAAACUUCACGAAUGUACUCUAAUAAAAACAGAGUACAUAAUUUUUUAUUUUAACUGAAUAAAAUCACACACGGUGCCUAGACAGAAGUAUUAAAUUUUUUUUUUAAAUAUGAAUAAGCAAAGGUGUAUGAUUUAAUUGUGUUAAAAACUAAAGUAUUAUUAUAUAUUUGAAAUAUAAAAAACAUUGUUGAUAAAUAAUAUUAUAUUAAAAAUAAGCCUGUACCUGAAGACUAACAUACUAUUUU